CCACAGUUUUUCAUAUUAACAGCAGCAAGUAUAACAAAAUAUAUUUAAUAAUAAAUAAAGAGCAUUUUAGUAUUAAUAAAAUAGCGUUUUAAUAUGGAAGUGCUAAACAUUUGAGCAGUUAAAUAAGUUUACAAUAAAUUUAUUAAAUAAACAUUUAAAAUAAUACAAGAAAAACAUGAAUAAUAAGGGAGCUGCAACAAUAAGCUUAAUAUGUCUUCUCUUAUGGGGGGCUAUAAUAAAAGCACAAGUGAUAUUAAAAACUUGUUCGCGUGAUAAUCUCUUGGAUUGCCCCAAUUAUUCUUUGUGCACACAAAUCAAUGCCGAUCACAAUGAAGCUUUAAAAUGUAUUUGUAUAGAAAAUUUUCAAUUAAAUCCAAAUUGGUCGGAAUAUGAAGAUCUCAAUAAUUCCAUGCUGCUACAGGAGCACUAUUGUUUAGCUAAUAAAAAUCCUUCUGAAAUAAAGCAGGAAAAUAAACUAUUAGUUUAUAUACGUUCACCAGCUAGAAAGGAACAUUUGGCGUAUGGCAUUUUAAUGGUUUUGGCGGCUGCCGCUUUAGCCACUGCUGUCCUUUAUGGUAUUAAAGUUUUAAAACCCUUAAAGAAAACAAAAGCUGUUUAUCAGCAGUUAAAAUAUAAACGAAGAAAUAUAACACCACUACAAGAACUGGAUGAAUUGGAAUUGAAUAGACGUUAUGAAAUGCAAACAAUAUAAACAGAUGGAGUAGUGUAAAUAUUAGAGAAAUAUAUAUUAUGGGUGCAAAGAGGAGGAGAGUGUGAAAAACUGUUAUACUUGUGCCGUAUUUAUUACAAUUUAAUAAGCAUGUUGAACAACUUUUAUCAAAAUUUUAUCUAUUUAAUAUGAAGGGCGAACAAAAUAAUUGUAAAUGUGUAUAUUUGUUAUAAAAUA